CAACAAUGACGAAUACCGGAUCUGUAUGUCUCGGGAAGCUGCUGAAAGUCGGCAAGAGACAAUGAAGAGCUUGAUUUGACGACACCUCUUUCAGUACAAUUUCUGUACGUAAGAAAGUAUGGCCGCUGAGCAGGAUCAUCUUGCCCCGGAAAAGUACGAGGAGCAGCACGUCCACGAGGUCUACGAGCAAAUCGCGUCGCACUUCUCCUCGACGAGAUACAAGCCGUGGCCUAUCGUCGAGACGUUUCUACAAUCUCUCAGCCCCGGCUCCGUCGGGCUGGAUGUGGGGUGUGGCAAUGGCAAAUAUCUCACUGUCAACCGGGAUGUCUUCAUCAUUGGUAGUGAUCGGUCCUCGAACUUGGUAAAGAUUGCGGCGGAGCAUGAGCCGCAUUCUGCUGUUGUUGCUGACACGCUCGCUCUACCGCAUCAAACAGGCAGGUUUGACUUCGCGAUCAGUAUUGCUGUUAUUCAUCACUUGUCGACGCUGGAGAGGAGGAGGGAGGCUAUCAAAGCUAUCUUGGAAUGUCUGAAGGAGGGUGGAAAGGCUUUGAUUUAUGUGUGGGCGUUGGAACAGAAGACCAGUAGGAGAGGGUGGGAUGAGGGUCAUGAGCAAGAUGUCAUAGUUCCUUGGGUUAUGAAGACUGGCAAGAAGAAUCCAAAUGAGGAUGGUUCCACAGAGAAGACGUUUCAAAGGUAUUACCACCUCUACCGGUCUGGAGAACUAGAGGAAGAUAUUGUCGGAGUUGGCAGCGAGGUGUUUGAAUCUGGAUAUGAAAAGGACAAUUGGUGGGCGAUAUGCCGAAGACCUUUGAAGCCUUGAAGCUGGCUGAUGUUUGCGAGAUAAUCGAGAGAGUGGCUGGUCGCGAGAAAAGAGAAAUUUUACUGGCAAGCAACAAUCACAUCGCCGGGUGUGGAGCAACGAAUCCAACGACUCUGACCUAAGAAGUUCGGGGAUCAGCAGUGUCAGGUCGACGAGGUAAAGUCGGGGCCUGCUUUCGUCAAGCAAAAGCUUGAUGUUAUUGUACAAAAUCCCU